AUGAUUCGCUCGCAUGCGGCCACAACGGUCCUCUCGUAUUUGGCAGGUGACCCGAGUGCCAUUCGGCUCUCCCGUGUGGCCAGCGUGGGACUCAAUGAGUACACAUAUUCCAAACUUCUUGUCAAGUACGCUCGGUGCCUGGAACAAAGGAUCUUGAAUUUUCAAGAACUUGGUUACGAUAUCAUAAUGGCGGGCAAGCGCGACCGAUUCGCGCGUCUACGCAAGAUGAGCGUGGCCAAAGGCUUGCUGCGCGAAAUCAGUAUCAUUCAAAAUAUGAUGAAACCCCUGAUGGAUUGCGCGUUUUUUCAGUUUGAAAAUCCUAGUGAAUUGGUUGUGGCCGCAUUCCAAAUGAUCUUAAAAGAUUUGCUCUCGUUUUAUAGCGCCAUGAACGAGGGGAUUAUCAACAUGCUCGUGCGCAUGGCCCUGACCCUAGAACAUUACUUUGAGAUGUCAAAAAAUGACGCCACAAAAUCCUUGGAAAUUUACCGUCGGUUCUGCUUCCAGACCGAAAAUUUCGUGGCAUUUUUGGAUGCGUCCAAGCGUCACUCUAGUCAACUGCGCCACAAAAUCCCCAACCUGAAGCAUGCUCCACUCUCGCUGGCGAAAGCGCUUGAAGAAUACUUGCACGAAACAGACUUUGACCAGCAUGAAAGCUCUCGCCAGAGAAAUGCAAAAGGCUCUGAAGAGGCGCCUCCAAAGCCACAGGAAGAGCCCAAAAUGGAACCACCUCCUCAGGAAGCCUCAUCGAGCAAACAGGCUCUACAGGACUUUUUCGAAGCACUCGAACAACCUCAUUCGACGCCAUUCAAUUCUGCCUACUCUGGAUUUACGAGUUUCCAAACGCAACCAGACUGGUUUGGCCUUCAACCCAUGCCCGCUACGGGCUUGAUGCCACAGGUAACAGGAAAUCCGUUCAACAGUCUCCACGGCUUCAUGCAGCCACAAGGCACUGGUAUCAAUCCAUUUACACCACAGAUGCCAAUGACGCCCUAUCUUACCGGGCAGCCAACUGGGUUCCGGGUACCACAACAGCAGGCAUUAAUGCCUCAGCAUACCAUGAACACUACGCCGUUCGACUCAAUAUUUGGUCAGCUGUCGUUACAACCAACCAUGGCACAGGCUCAACCCACAGGCAUGGCGGCACAGGUACCAUCAAUGCCCAAGGCACCACCGUCCUGGACCCCCCCCUCAAAGGAACCUACCAGUUCGCCUACGCCUCAAACACAGCAGCGUGUAGGAAGCAAGGAACCCCCCCAACCUAGCGCAGGGACGAGUAAUCAGCAAAAUCUUCGACCACAAAAGACUGGGACCAUGAAUCCGUUUUCCAUCCCGAGCGACUUUGAAGAACCAGAACCUGUUCAUAAGGCACCGCCGCAGCCUACCUUAAAUGAGCUUGCUAUGAAUGCUUGGUCUAACAAAUCAUCUACCCAAGGAAAGACAGAAAAUGAUGGGACUGAUUCAAGACUCGUUCCACAAAGGACAGGAUUGUUAGGAAGCGUAGCUUCUGAAUUUGUGCGUCCACCCCAAUCGGUGGCGGUCCCCGUGUCAGACGCGAAGACAGAUGGGGCAUCAACGAGAUCGGGCUCCCAAGUCUUUGGUACCUCACAUGAUGUGGGACAUUUGCCAAACGAGGCUGGUUCUGUCCAAUUUUCUGGGAAUGCAUCCCAUUUCCGUGCUCAACAAACCAUGCCAUCGGAACCGCUGCCUAUGACGAAUCAAGCUACGGGGAUUGGCCUUGGUAUUUCAGGUUCGGCUAGUCCAGCCAUGCGGAGUAUGAAUCAGCAGGGAGUAAGUGUUAAUACAACUGGUAUGAACACUUUGUCAAGAUUCAACACACUUCCCUCGGAUCUUGGAGAUGCUAAUUUCAAAGCACAGAUGACGGGGAACAGUGCUUUCGCCGGUACUUCCAGCUUAAGACAGAACUCCUUGGGCGACGCGAACCUACAAUCGCCAGGGUUCAGUUCAUUGGCAAGUCAGAAUGGCUUUUCCACCACUGCCAGCUCGAAUUUGGGUCAUAAUCCUCGACUUCAUGAGAUGUCAGGGCAUGUUGGACACAGUCCAGGCAACUUGUUCCUCCACCAGAACAAUUCGCAGAGAGUCGGCCUGUCACAAGGUUUAGACCACCAAUCUCAAAUCACGAACUUGACGGGAAUAAAGCCAUUCCAGCCUUCUAGUGACUUUGGAACAAGCCUUAUGCGCGGAACACCCCAACAACCUACCCAGCCGACACCAGCCACGUCGGAAGCGCCUGUACCCGAUCUCCUUCAGCUUUAA